AGCUGAUUGCCACUGCCUGCCGCUAGCUUACUGGCUUAGCUUAGCUACGGCUAACCGAUGUUGUCGUGAGCGCCACCUACACAGGUAGCCUUCCUCGCGAGCAGCUCCCGAAGCAAAACCUCGCCAUUUUACCGGCCUACACUACCACCAACACCCUCCCGGGGUCUGCAUGUUGCUGUGGAGCGGACACAAUUGAUCCUGGGCCAAGCAGGAGAAGCGUCGGAGCGCGUCGUAGGCAGCCCGCUCGACAGACAACCAGCCAGCCGCCGCCGGCCCGGCGCCGCUGAUGGAAUUUAAACACACAACAAUGGCAAGUCCCGGUGUCAACAAGACAUCCGCGGCCGGCAGCAACAACGGCGGCUCGGUCAACGCCUCCUCGGCUACCCACCACCAGCCUUUGCAGCACAUUAGCAGCGUGACCAGCCUGCAGGACUCCAAUACCUGCUGGAGGUGUCAGAGUGAAACAGGCUUUCAAAUAAACCUGUCUGGAGCCCCCCCAAGUAAACGAAAAGCCCUCAAGUUAAACUUUGCCAACCCAUCAAUCAAACCCACCAGAUUCACACUGAACACGGGUGGGCAGCCCUUCCAGAACCCACACAUCGAGAGGCUGCGGACACACAGCAUCGAGUCGUCCGGGAAGCUGAAGCUAUCGCCCGAGCAGCUUUGGGACUUCACGGCCGAGGACCUGAAGGAUUUGGGCGAGAUCGGUCGCGGGGCUUACGGCUCCGUCAACAAGAUGGUGCACAAGCCCAGCAACCAGAUCAUGGCAGUCAAGAGGAUUCGCUCCACGGUCGACGAGAAGGAGCAGAAGCAGCUCCUAAUGGACUUGGACGUUGUGAUGCGGAGCAGCGACUGCCCCUACAUCGUGCAGUUCUACGGAGCUCUUUUCAGAGAGGGCGACUGUUGGAUCUGCAUGGAACUCAUGGCUACCUCCUUAGACAAGUUCUACAAGUUUGUGUAUUGCUCAUUAGAUGACGUCAUUCCUGAGGAAAUCUUGGGGAAAAUCACUUUAGCUACUGUGAAAGCACUUAACCACCUAAAAGAAAACUUGAAAAUAAUCCACAGAGACAUCAAGCCGUCAAACAUUCUCCUGGACAGAAACGGAAAUAUCAAACUGUGCGACUUCGGGAUCAGCGGGCAGUUGGUGGACUCCAUCGCCAAAACACGUGACGCGGGCUGCCGUCCGUACAUGGCCCCGGAGCGAAUUGACCCAUGCGCAUCACGGCAAGGUUAUGAUGUGCGCUCCGAUGUUUGGAGUUUGGGAAUCACGUUGUAUGAACUGGCGACGGGGCGCUUCCCGUAUCCCAAAUGGAACAGCGUGUUUGACCAGCUGACUCAGGUGGUCCGGGGGGACCCCCCGCAGCUCAGCAACUCUGACGAGAGACGAUUUUCGCCAAAGUUCAUCACCUUCGUCAAUGUGUGCCUUACCAAGGACGAGUCCAAAAGGCCAAAGUACAAAGAGCUGCUGAAAGAUCCAUUUAUUCAGAUGUAUGAGGAGCGUCCGGUGGACGUGGCCGCUUACGUGUGCAGACUUCUGGAUCAGAUGCCGGCUUCCCCCAGUUCACCUUCUUACAUGGACUGAUCACGAUUUGCAAAUAAAUCGAGCUGAAACAACGACAAAAAAACUGCAAAAAACACAAAUUCCAAGCGAGAAAAAAAAAACCAUGUUCACCCCCCCCCCCCCCCACACACACACACCCCCACACACACACACACACAACCAUUGUCAUGACAGUGUGUCUCAGCAAGCAAUAUCAUGACUAAAUCCAGAUCAAUGCUUAUUAUUAUUAUUAUUUUUAUGGAAUAGGAAGUAUUGCCUUCUGCUGGAAACAUGCUGAAUGUGUGUGUAGACGUGUAAAUUGAGAGCAUCACAUUUUUGGUUUCCUCAAAGUGGCUGCAGUGAAAUGCUCAAGUUGUCCAUGAUGUUAGCCAGGAAAUGCUGAUAAAAUAUUAAUAAAGACCAGAGGAAUAUUCAAUAUUGUGUGUUUUUGU